CACCAUGUUAAAAUGAAGUUUGCAUAAUAGGUUCCCUUUUUGAAGGUUUUGGAAGCAAAUAGGAACUAUUCGGUGGGAUGGCCCUUAACCAUUAGGGAACCUUGUGUGAUUUUCACCGAAAUAUUUGACUUCUCUCAUUUUUCUCUACCAAUCCUCACUCAUGAAGACUGUUGGUGUUGAUCAGAUACCAUGCGAGUCUAUAAUUUAUUUAUCAUUUAUUUGUGCCGAUCGGCUAUUUCAAAGGAAAAUAUGUCAGCUUACCUUAUACUGUAGACGCACGUUAUUUUUCCGUAUUAUUUCCCUCCUCUCGCCGCUUCACUCUCCAGUUCAGCGGGUGGCGCAAAGACACACAGGUUUGUUUGCCAAACACCAUUAAACCUCAGAGGAAGAAGAUUAGCGUCAGCGGGGUAUCUGUUGUUUUGUUUUGAUGCUGGUUUAAUACAAACAGUUAGAAAUGUUGUUUCUGUAAAUAGAAAAAUAAAAUUUUUGAAUCAGGUCAAUAUCUGGAGAAAUAUCAUCUGAACUGAGAUCUGCUGCUGUGAAGAUGGAGUUUGUUAAAGAGGAGAGUGAAGAGAACACGAGUGAACCAGAAACCUGGAGAAUAAAACACGAGGAACCAGAAACCUGGAGAAUAAAACACGAGGAACCAGAAACCCGGAGAAUAAAACACGAGGAACCAGAAACCCGCAUAUCUCACGAGGAACAAGGAGGCCAGAUGAAAAUGAAAGAAGAAAGACGAGAUCUGAAUGAGCUGGAGGAGAAAUAUCAGGAUCCGAAAGAUCAUGAUGUCAAUGGAGAAAAAUCAGCAAGUUGCAGCAUUAAAAAAACAGAAGUCAAAAGGCAUUUCUGCUGCUCUCAGUGUGGAAACACUUUCACAUGUAACAGAAAUCUUAAGGAUCACUUGUUAGUUCAUGCUGGAAUAAAGCCUUUCAGCUGCUCUCAGUGUGAAAAGAGUUUUACACAGAAAGCAAGCUUAAAGAAUCACAUGCUAAUUCAUGCUGGAAUAAAGCCUUUCAGCUGCUCUCAGUGUGGAAAGAGUUUCAUAUGUAACAGAAAUCUUAGGGAUCACAUGUUAAUUCAUGCUGGAAUAAAGCCUUUCAGCUGCUCUCAGUGUGGAAAGAGUUUUACACAGAAAGCAAGCUUAAAGAAUCACAUGUUAAUUCAUGCUGGAAUAAAGCCUUUCAGCUGCUCUCAGUGUGGAAAGAGUUUUACACAGAAAGCAAGCCUUAAGGAUCACAUGUUAAUUCAUGCUGGGGUAAAGCCUUUCAGCUGCUCUGAGUGUGGAAAGAGUUUUACACAUAAAGUAAACCUUGAGAAGCACAUGUUAAUUCAUUCUGGGAUAAAGCCUUUCAUCUGCUCUGAGUGUGGAAAGAGUUUUACACAUAACGUAUGUCUUAAGAGGCACAUGUUAAUUCAUACUGGGAAAAAGCCUUUCUCCUGCUCUCAGUGUGGAAAGAGUUUUACAUAUGAAUCAAGUCUUAAGAGGCACAUGUCAGUUCAUACUGGGAAAAAGUCUUUUAACUGCUCUCAGUGUGGAAAGACUUUUACACAAGAAGGACAACUUAAGACUCAUUUGGUAGCUCACACUUCAUAAAAGCCUUUCAGCUCCUCUCAGUGUGGAAAGAGUUUCAUAUGUAACAUAAACCUUAAGGAUCACAUGUUAAUUCAUGCUGGAAUAAAGUCUUUCAUCUGCUCUGAGUGUGGAAAGAGUUUUACACAGAAAGCAAGCUUAAAGAAUCACAUGUUAAUUCAUGCUAGAAUAAAGUCUUUCAUCUGCUCUGAGUUUGGAAAGAGUUUUACACAAGAAGGACAACAUAAGGCUUAUUUGGUAGCUCACACUUCAUAAAAGCCUUUCACCUGCUCUCAGUGUGGAAAGUCUUUGGCACGUAAGUGAUACCUUGAGACUCACAUGUUAAAGGGGUCAUCGGAUGCCCAUUUUUCACAAGUUUAUAUGAUUCUUUAGGGUCUUAAUAAAAAGUCUAUAACAUACUUUGGUUAAAAUUUCUCAGUUGUAGUGUAAAACACUAUUUUUACCCCGUCAAAAUAACCUCUGUUUACAGCAAGCCGUUUCGGUGCAUGUUCCUUUAAAUGCUAAUGAGCUCUGUUAAACCCGCCUCUCGCAUCAGUGGGGCAACAAGCCACUCUCAUGAGACUGUAAACUUUAGCCACAUUUAGCUGCAGAACUUGCUAACUAGCACAUUAUUAGGAAAAGCAAUUUGCAAAGAUUCAUAAAAACAACCUUAUACUCCCUUCUGUUGGAGAGGCUUGAUCACAAAUGAUUUGCACGUAUUUAGGUAGAUUGGGGGCACAUUCACUUCAAAAACAAGAUUAAGCCGUCUUCUGCUGCUCAGAUGUCAGGAGUAAAUGAUGACUGCUGUGUUAAUAUUUACAUUCAGUUCAAUUCAAUUUCAUUUGUAUAGUGCUUUUCACGAUGCCAAUCAUUGCAAAGCAGCUUUACAGAAAAUAUUACGUUUCUACUAGGGUUGGGCGAUA